AUGUGCUCCUUCUCAGACGAGCUGGAGGAGCUGAACGCCUGCCGCUGCCAGGCGACGCUGCCUGGCGAACUUUAUGCGUUUCUCAAAGGGUGGCUGAGGUGGGGUAGCGAGCCGUCACCAGACAUAUCGUUUGACUAUGACCACGAAGUCCGAAGCAGGGUUCGUGCAGGGAUUAGUAUCGCCCAUCGGUUCUCCCGCGUGGGCGCCGCCGGCAGCUGCCUUCCGUGGGAGCGAGCACCGAGCGUUGUCGCAGCUCUGCAAGAGGAGCUGGGACUGGGAGACGAGGCAAUCUUGAGCCAUGUCGUGGAAUGCCCAUUCAUCCUAUCUCUCAGUUGGGAGCUCCACAUGGCGCCGUCGCUGGUCCUUCUUCAGACAUGGGUGCCUGAGUGCAACGACGAUGCCGCCACUACCCGUGCUUGGGUCUGCAGCCGAGGCUUCUCGUUGACGGACAGCAGCUCGGUAGAGGAAAUCCCUCGACGCUUAUCGACGCGGCUGCUUGCGCUUGCUGUGGUGUCGAGUGCCGGCGUGGCUCCGUCGGCCGAGGAAAUCAGUCGGCUGAUCGAUGAAUUUGGUGUGACGGAGCCUGACCCGAUGAUCGCAGCCUACUGGCGUCUCUCCGAGGAGGAGAAGGCGCUGCAGCGGCACCUAAGAUUGAACUUUGACCAAAUGAUGGUGAUGCGCAGGCUCUCCUCGCCGACUGGCCUCGCACAUUACUUCACACCCUCCAUGGAGCGUGCCACCAUCGCCUCGCUAGAGGCGCUGCGAUCUGACUUGGAGCUCGGCACGGCCGAGUUCAGCUUCUUUGUGGUGCGCAUGCCGGCGCUCGUGGAAGCGCAUCUGGAGAGAGAUGAGCGGAGCUGGCUUUUCCACCGGGUUCAAAGGUUGGGGUUCACAUAUGUGGGAGGAAGGGGAGGACAGGUAUACUACGAGUACUUCGGCAACCAUGCUCAGUUGGGCAAGUUGGUGGUUGCUGUCGCCGAUGUGCUCGCGCGUGGGGUUGGUAUUUGGAGUGAUAUCCUCUACCGAGAGGAUCACUUCCUACCAAGAUAUUCUCGCUUCAACGAGAGGCAAGAUAGCUGCCUCGACGCUGGAGACGGGCACCUCAACCCAACGGAAGCUGAUCUAGCUCGAUACACGACCACGAUGGGCCAGAUGAUUAGCGUGUCGUCGGGUGACAAGCUUGUGCCACAUCUCGAUGACCUGUUUGACGAUGCCCUGUCUCGUUACGACCACGGUAUGCUUGUACCUCACGCCUCGGGCUAUAGGCCCAUCUUUGAUGGUUCCUUGUCCCCAUUUGAAGCGGCCUAUUUCGCAACGUCUGACCUUGCACAAUCGGUCUUCACUGCGCACCGUCGGCGAAACGCGGGGGAAGUUCGACCUCUCGUCAUGAUCGACCUCGAGAACGUCGGCAACGCAGUCCAGCUGUUGCCCCAGCUACACGCGAUGGACGGCAUCGAGGUGCGGGCGUAUGUGGCAGACACCCACCCAUUGAGGGCCAAGGCAACACAUCGGGUACCUGUGGGCUUAUCGAAGCGCAGCAAGAAGCUUUUCGAUGCGGUGGACAUUCGCAUGGUAUUUGAUGCUGGACAAUACGCAAAUAUGAACCCCGACGCCAAGACAAAUAUCUUAGUGGUCUCGAAGGACAACUUUGCCAACACAACAGCUGUUGUAGUCAAUCCUGCGGACGCAACUGUCCAUGCAACUGACUUGAUCCGUAAGUUGCCACGAUUUUGGGCUCAACAACUUGGAGUUCACAAGCUCAUCGACCUACAGUAA